AGUGUCCGGGUUAAGGAAGAGUCAUGGCAGCCUCAGAUCUCUUUAAAACUUUAUUAUACACAGUCAACAACAUCCUGCAGCAGCACAAAUAUAAAUCUGUUCUGGCUGUCAUCAAAGGCUUCAGGAAUGGAGCUGUAUAUGGGGCUAAAAUUCGUGCUCCUCAUGCCCUAGUGAUGACGUUUCUCUUCAGAAGUGGCAGUCUGAGAGAGAAGUUUCGUGCGAUCGCUCAGGCCACGUUCACUCACUCCAGGAAUCUGGCCUGCUUUGUGUUCACAUAUAAAGGCCUUCAGGCUCUUCAGCAGCACGUCCAGGGGAAACACCUGCAGUCUCACUCCUUCCUCGCCGCGUGUCUCGGAGGCUGGCUGGUGUUUGGAGAAAAUAACAACAUUAAUAGCCAGAUAAACAUGUACCUGCUGUCCCGGAUUCUCUUCGCCUUGUCUCGUCUCGCAGUGGAAAAGGGCUGGAUCCCGCAGCCCAAGAACGACCCGUUCCCCCUGUUCGCCACGCUGGUGUGGGGCGUCGUACUCUGGUUGUUUGAGUAUCACCCACACACACUUCAGCCGUCCUUGCAGUCCUCCAUGAACUACCUCUACCACGACAGCAACACAUGGCACGACAUUUCAGACUUUCUCAUCUAUAACAAACCCAAAAACAACUGAGGGGCGGACUCCUGCGUUCCAGUCUACGUUUGAUUGAAGGGUUUAAUACUAUACCAUUAUUUGGGGCACGUGUAGAAUUCUCAGAUUGAACUAAAUGACUACUUUGCACAUCGGAUUAUAUUCGCUCCACUUUUACACUCGGAUGUACUUGCACUUCGGUCAUAAAGAAACAGAACAUGUUUAUGAAUUUCUCAACAAAAAAAAAAAUUCAGGCCACAUUUCACCCGAAAGCAUGACAAAUGAAAUUUGUUUUUAGGACCAUCACCAUUAUGAAAAUUUUUUCGUCACAUUUUACUUUUGAGCUUUUCCUAUUAUUCCCUUUAGUUUCUCUGGUGACACUUUGCAAUAAGGUUUCAUCGGUUAACAGAACUUCACUGCAUUAGUUUGCAUGAACUAACAGAGCAUUUUAAUAUUUAAUAUUAGCCUUAACAUUUACUUUUUAAGAUUAAAAGUAGCGUCUGUUAAGAUUAGUUAAUGCACUGUGAGCUAACAUGGACAUUUUGAUUAACUAACACUAAGAAAGGUUCAUAAAUGCUGUAAAAAUAUUUCUCAUUGUUAGUUUAAUGCAUUAACUAUUAUAAACAAAUGAGACCUUAUUGUGAAGUGAUACUGUUUCUGACAGUACAACAAAUACUGCCAUGAUGUGUAAAUGUAAAAAUUAGGGCUGUUAAACGAUUAAUCACGAUUAAUCGCAUCCAAAAUAAAAGUUUGU